UCUCGUCGCCUGGCGCGUGCUACACUUAAGAUUUCGAGUCUGGCUACUGAAACAAAAAUGAAAUUCGUCAUAUUCGCCGUUUUGGUGUUACCCAUGAUCAUCGCCCAGACCUGGGACCCAACUAAAGUUUGUAUUCCAGACUUGUUUCAGAAUGACGUGUACGACUUCACGAAAAAUGACUACGGUCGUGCUGCCGUAGACUUCUCCAAAAACCAGAGUGCUAUUGCUUACGUCAAGGCCGGCUUCCGUGUCGUCUACGACCUCACCAAGCAAAAAGCGUACGUGAUUGGAGCUAAUGACUCGUGUACAGUGAUCACGAUGACAGCCAGUCAAAACAUUAUGAAAUGCUUACCACCCAAUGCGGUAGAGUUAAACAAUGGAAGCUUGACCAUUGGUCGUGUCGGACACGGACUACUCAUGAAUAGUUAUGAGAUACCAGUCGACCAAGAUACAAAGAUCAGACUCGGCUACACCGCUAGCGACCCCGCCAUUCCAAUACUCAGACAGUUGAUCGGUACCAACAGCUCAGUUGCUGGUGACGUUCUGUUUUUCACCAAUCCCAAGACCUCAGUGGACGCUGAUCUGUUUGUAGUGCCAACUGUGUGUCCACCACUGGGCGGAGCAUAAAUACCAUGACCCCCCCCCCCAUGUGUGUUUUUAUGUCUGUUUUGUUCUGAUGCUAUUUCGAGAACGUUUUUGUAUGAACAUGAUGUAAACAGUUUUAUAAAUUAUAUAUUACAAUACAGAAAAAAAAAAUAAAAUUGAAAACAGAAA